AUGAUGAUUUCAAUGAAUAGAGUGUUUUUAAAUGUCAAUUUAGCUCCAGUACGCUUAUUGGCAGCUACUAGAAAUUUCGGGUUUACUCCUAGCCGCUUCCAGGGUGCAACUAGCAAAAGAGAACUCACAUCUAAGCAGAAAGAAGUUGCAGAGAAGAAGAAAUUGCUUGGUUUAGAGAGAAGGCAAAUAGCUGCUGAUAAGAAAAAGUUGGCCAGUUUGAAAGCUAGACUUGCUAAGGAGAAGACAACAUAUGCCACUCUUAAGAAAAAAUACGAUAUUGCUAAUAAAAAGAACAAGGAAAAGCAAAAGGCGCAACAAUUGAAAGACAAGGCUAAAUUAGCUCUCGAAAAGGCCAAGGCCAAAAAGACAUUAGCCGAAACCAAGAAGAAGGAAGACAAUUUGAUUGCGAAGGCCAUUAAGCCAUUUAGAAAGUUAUCGGGGUAUAACUACUUCAUUAAGGAAAAAACUGUUGGUAAAAAUGGACUUAGUGAAGUAUCAAGUAUCUGGAAGACAUUGGCGCAUGAUGAGAAGGAAGUGUAUCAAGAAAAGGCGGCCAAGUUUAACGACGAAAUGUUGAAGAUAUUUGUCCCAAGACCAAAGAGUCCGCCAACGUCGUACGCGUCAUUUGUUAAGGAGAACUAUCCUAGCGAUGGUGGUGACUUCAAGCAAAUCAAUAAGGACUUGGCAUAUGAAUGGAAGUUGUUACCAGCCGAAGAAAAGCAAAGAUACGAACCAUCACCAAGCUCGAAACAAGAGUAUGUAGUCAAGCUUCAACAAUGGAAGCAAAACAGAAUUGAGGCGUUUAAGAAGCACCACAACAUUUCUUAG